GGCCCACUAACCUAUGGGAGCCGCGGCCCGUUCGUCUCGGCCCGCGCCGUGCGUGGGAAUAAGUGGAAUCUCGCCGGCUAGGUUUUGGUGAGACGCCAUGUGGCGCUGCGGUGGGCAGCGUCCGCAAGUCCUGCGGCUGCUGAGAGACCGAUGUAGCAGCACUAAGGCGAAAGCCUGGAGGUGGAAGAGCACCACAGCCGCUGACAGGGCGCUGCAGCAUGAGUUUGGGCAGAAGAUCCAUGGCUUCACCAUCAGCCAGGUAACAUCUGUCCCGGAACUGUCCCUAACUGCAGUGAAGCUUAGCCAUGACGGCACAGGAGCAAAAUACUUACACCUGGCCAGAGAAGACACAAAUAACCUGUUCAGUAUGCAGUUUCGCACCACUCCUAGGGACAGCACUGGUGUCCCACACAUCCUGGAGCACACGGUCCUGUGCGGCUCUCAGAAAUACCCAUGUAGGGAUCCUUUCUUCAAAAUGUUAAACAGGUCGCUGUCAACGUUUAUGAAUGCCUUCACAGCUAGUGAUUAUACUCUGUACCCGUUUUCCACACAAAAUCCCAAGGACUUCCAGAAUCUCCUGUCCGUGUAUUUGGAUGCAGCCUUUUUUCCAUGCCUGCGGGAACUAGAUUUCUGGCAGGAAGGAUGGCGACUGGAACAUGAGACUCCGAGUGACCCCCAGACACCCUUGAUCUUUAAAGGAGUUGUCUUUAAUGAGAUGAAAGGAGUAUUUCAUCUCCAGAACCAACUGUUUCCUGAGCACACGUACUCUGUGGUCUCUGGUGGCGAUCCACUGUGCAUCCCCGACCUCACAUGGGAGCAGCUGAAACAGUUCCAUACCAUACACUACCACCCCAGCAAUGCCCGGUUCUUCACUUAUGGUAAUUUUCCGUUAGAACAGCAUCUGAAACAGAUUCACGAAGAAGCAUUGAGUAAAUUUCAGAAAAUUGAGCCAAGUACCACAGUGCCAUCUCAGAAGCCUUGGGAUAAGCCAAGGGAAUUCCAGAUAACGUGUGGCCCGGAUUCAUUGGCCUCGGGUUCUCCCAAACAAGUCACUGUUGGAGUCAGCUUCCUCUUACCAGACAUCACAGAUAUAUUUGAAGCCUUCACGUUAAACCUUCUGUCUUCACUCUUGAUCGGCGGGCCCAACUCCCCCUUCUACAAAGCUUUAAUUGAAUCAGGACUCGGCACAGACUUUUCUCCCGAUGUUGGAUAUAAUGGCUAUACGAGGGAGGCCUUCUUCAGCGUUGGCCUGCAAGGGAUUGUGGAGGAAGACAUUCAGACUGUAUGCGACAUAAUCGACAGGACAGUCGAUGCCGUGAUCCAGAAAGGGUUUGAAGAUGAUCGGAUCGAGGCUUUACUUCAUAAAAUUGAACUACAGAUGAAGCAUCAGUCUGUCAGCUUUGGACUCACCCUGAUGUCUUACAUAGCUUCCUGCUGGAAUCAUGAUGGAGACCCUGUGGAACUCCUGAAGCUGGGAAAUCAGGUGGCUCAAUUCAGGCAAUGCCUCAAGGAAAACCCAAAGUUUUUGCAAGAAAAAGUAAAGCAGUAUUUUAAGAAGAAUCAGCAUAAAUUGACUUUAUCAAUGAAGCCAGAUGACAAGUAUUCUGAAAAACAAGCACAAAUGGAAACAGAAAAACUGAAGCAGAAGGUCAGCUGUCUUUCCCCAAAGGACAAGAAGCAGAUCUAUGAAAAAGGUUUGGAAUUACUGACUCAGCAAAGCAAAUCUCAGGAUGCCUCUUGUCUGCCCACACUGAAGGUGUCAGAUAUCGAGCCCACCCUCCCGGUCACAGAAUUGGCAGUGGCCCUGACAGCUGGAGACGUGCCGGUUCUGUACUGUGCCCAGCCCACCAAUGGCGUGGUGUACUUCCGUGCCUUUGCGGGCCUCCACACCCUCCCUGAGGAGCUCCAGCCCUACGUGCCGCUCUUCUGCAGCGUCCUCACCAAGCUGGGUUGUGGUGCUCUGGACUACAGGGAGCAAGCCCAGCAGGUGGAGCUGAAGACCGGAGGGAUGACGGCCUCCCCCCAUGUGCUCCCUGACCACACCCACCUGGACACCUACGAGCAGGGUGUGCUUUUUUCAUCUUUUUGCCUUGAUAGAAACUUACCAGACAUGAUGCAUCUGUGGAGUGAAAUAUUUAACAACCCACACCUUGAAGAGGAAGAACACUUCAGAGUGUUAGUGAAGAUGACUGCUCAGGAGCUGUCCAACGGAGUCCCCGACUCGGGACAUCUCUACGCAUCCAUCAGAGCCAGUAGGACCCUGACCCCCGCAGGGGACCUACAGGAGACCUUCAGUGGGAUGGAUCAGGUGAGGUUGAUGAAGAGGGUUGCAGAGAUGGCAGACAUCAGACCUGUCCUGAGAAAGCUCCCGUGCAUCAAGAAACAUUUGCUAAACUGUGAUAAUAUGAGAUGUUCAGUGAAUGCUACCCCUCAGCAGAUGUCUCAGGCAGAAAAAGCGGUGGAGAAGUUCAUUAGAAGCCUUGGUCAGAGCAAAAGCGAUCAGAAGCCCAUGUGCCCAAACGUGGUGGAGGUGAGGCAGCCGCUCACAUUACAUCAGCUCACGGGGUGUCCGGGCGGUUCCCCCAUCCGGCACACUUGA